AUGGUCCAGUCUACCUACAAGUUGGCCUCCGGCCAUGAGAUGCCCCUCGUCGGUUUCGGUCUAUGGAAGGUUCCCAAGGAGACUGCUGCUGAUACCGUUUACAACGCUAUCAAGGCUGGCUACAGACUUUUCGACGGUGCAUACGACUACCAGAACGAGAAGGAGGCUGGUGAGGGUGUCCGCCGCGCCAUCAGCGAGGGCCUCGUGAAGCGUGAGGACAUCUUCAUCACCACCAAGCUCUGGAACAACUACCACAGCAAGGAGCACGCAGUCCCUAUGGCCAAAUCUCAGAACGAGGCCUGGGGUCUCGGAUACAUUGACCUCUUCCUCAUCCACUUCCCCUGCGCUCUCGAGUACAUUGACCCUGAGGUCAAGCGCUACCCCGCCUGGUGGGCAGAGGACGGCACUUCCGUCAAGCCCGCCAACGUCCCCAUCCAGGAGACCUGGAAGGAGCUCGAGAAGCUCGUCGAUGAGGGUAUCGCCCGCUCCAUCGGCGUCUCCAACUUCCAGGCCCAGAUGCUCUACGACCUCAACACCUACGCCCGCCACCCCAUCUCCUCCCUCCAGAUCGAGCACCACCCCUACCUCGUCCAGCCCAACUUGAUCGCGAUGGCUCAGACCCACAACAUUGCCGUCACUGCCUACUCCACCUUCGGACCCCAGAGCUUCUUGGAGCUUCCUCCUCAGUUCAGGAAGCGCGCCGAGAGCGCCGGUCCUCUCUUCGAGAACGAGAAGAUCAAGAGCAUCGCCUCCAAGCACAACGUCACCCCCGCCCAGGUUCUCCUCAGGUGGUGCACUCAGCGCAACAUUGCUGUCAUCCCCAAGUCCAACAGCCCCAAUCGUCUUGCCCAGAACUUGGAUGUUCUCGGCUUUGACCUCACGAACGAGGAGCUUGAGACCAUUGCCUCGUUCGACAUUGGCCUCAGGUUCAACGACCCCGGUUUCUACCUCCCCAACCACCCUCUCCACAUCUUCGCUUAGACGCAUAUACCUCAUGAUGAAAAUGAACGGAUGUACAUAGAUGAUACUCAUACGAAGGAAAACAAAUAGACUUGUGGACUGAAUUAAAUAUAUUCUUCCAACUAAUUAACGUUGAUCUACACCGUAGUCCGUGACGCAAUGAUUUGCACAAUUAUCCUAUCGUUGUGUUGUCAAUUCGUGAUUCAGGAGAGAUCACUUGUUGAGGGCAAUUCUAUAGAAUGUUAAUUUAGAAGCGGAUUGCAAGAGAACG